AUGAUUUGUAAGGACCAUAGUCAGGCUACUGAAGUCGAAGGAACUGUUAUUGUGGAGGCGAGAUCGAUCAGAGAUAUACUUAGAUGUGUUGAUUUUAAGGUGUCAAAAGGGACUGUUAUCGGGCGAACAGUUGUCAUGAAAGAUGGUUAUAAGCCUGUGACAGAUGACAGAUGCGUUCACAAAUCCAAAGCCGCUGCCUUUUCUUCUUCCUCCUCCCUUUCAGCCGGAGCUUGCGGCUAUGGCUCCUUGGCUCUGAACUUCAAUGGAGGGUUUGUCGCCGCCGCAAAUUCUGAAAUUUUUCGCGAUGGCGUUGGCUGCGGUAGCUGCUUCCAGAUUCGGUGUAGGAAUAGGGAGCUCUGUAAUCGAGCAGGGGUGAAGGUUGUGGUAACAGAGCUUAAUAAGAGCAAUAGCACUGAUUUCGGGCUUGGUGUUCGGGCCUUCGCGGCGAUGGCGCGGCCUGGGAAGGCCGACGGGCUAAAGCGACUUGUGAUCACUGAUGUAGAACACAAAAGGAUUCCCUGCGACUAUCCAAACAAGAACCUAUCGAUACGAGUGGAGGAGAGCAGCCGGAGACCGAGCUUAUUGACGGUCAAACUUUUGUACCAAGGUGGACAAACUGACAUCGUGGCAGUCGACGUGGCACGCGUCGGAUCGCCAGCUUGGCAGUUCAUGACCCGGAGCUAUGGCCCGGUCUGGACCACCAGCCGAGCACCGGGCGGGCCGCUUCAGUUCCGCUUCGUGGUAACGGCCGGGUACGACGGCAAGUGGGUGUGGGCCGAACAGGCGGUGCUGCCGGCCGAGUGGCGUUCCGGCGAGGUGUACGACGCCGGAGUUCAGAUCUCCGAUAUAGCUCAGGAGGGCUGUUCGCCCUGUGACACGCAGGAAUGGCGGUGAAGAUAACGGAGAUGGAUUUUUCCUUUUUUUUUUUAAAUUUUAAAUGUUGAAGUUGGUGACCGUUAACGUAUAAUGUAAAGAAUUAUGAUGCUAAGUACUUUGUUUAAUGUUGUUAAUAGGUAAUUAGGGCUGAUAGCAACGUGUUACCAGCUGGUGGUCUCGCCCUUGUGUUUAAAUAAAGUACGAUAAGCUUUUUAAUUCGUAUUUAAUAUCAAAGAAUUGAUUUAGAA